UUGUCAGUUGCCCGUGCCUUGUGCGACGGUCAGGACCGCACACAAUAAUUAUUCCGCAACGUUUCAAUCACGCUUGUUUAAGUGAUCUCCGCAUAAAUUAACACUUAUCAUCAUCAACAUCAUCAAUAUAAAAACCAAUAUUUUUCUAGUCCUUCAUCUUCAAUUUUUCCUCGAAAAAAAAAAUCCCUCUUCUUGGAUAUAUUAAAUUUGUGAGGGAAAAAUAUACACUAUUUUUUUUUUCGAAAAUUGUGAUUAUUAAAAGGAAAAAAAAAAAAUUUCUCAACUCCAUGGACCAUCGAUGGACGACCAAGGUGAAGGUGAAGCUUAAUGGAAAAUUGUCCUGAAUAGAAAGAUUUUUCCAAGGAAGAGGAAAUAAAAAAAACAAAAUUCUUUUUUGUCAAAAGAAAAAAUUUUUUGGCGGGAGAAUUUUCAAAACCAUUUUUAACAAGAUGAUUUAGAAUUAGGAGGACGGAGAGUGUGUGAGAGAGAGAGAUAGAGAGAGAUGGCGAACGGAAUAUCCUUCGGACGUACCGCUAGCAGCAGUGUUCUUAUCCUAUUGGUACUCAUGCAAGCGGUCUUGUUUUGGAAACCGACAAUAAUGGCGCCAUCGCCAGCAAAACGAAGUAAUGAUGUUAUUGCCGGAACGGAAUUCCUCUCAGUCUUCAUAAACGGAGCAAUGGCACCACGACCAGUCCAGAGACGACGCGGCAACUUCAGACGUACUGGACAUCAUCAUACUGAUAGCAUAAGUUCCGAAUCGAAGCACAAUGAAGCAUUCAUCUAUCGUAUUUCACGUGCUCCACCAGCAGCCAGAACAACAGUCAUCCUACCCAAGGCGUCCACAUCAUCACCCUAUCGUGACUCCGACGUCAGAUACUAUCCGAUUAGUCAAAAAGCUCUAAAUCACAGUCACAGUCUAGUCUCCCUGAUAGACGAUCUUGCAACAGUUGAUGAAAUCACAUCCAAAUUGAGAGCACGCGAGGGUAAACAUGGCCGGAACACAACAAUGAUAUCCAAAACCCAUAAAAUCGGCAAAGGGGAUAAUAAAAUUCUAGAUCGAAAAGUAAUUGGCGUGAGUGUAACUUCGAGUGUUGAGGCAACACCAUACAAAAUACGGAUAGAACACCAUCAGAGUGGAAAUUCAGUUAAAUUAAGAGUGCCAUCGACAAGUUCCACUACGCCAGGUAGUACGUCAUCUUCCAUUAGUAGUAGUAGUACAAGCACUGAGGUAGUGACACCCCCAUCCACACGAUUAGUCACCGAAGAUCUCGGGAAUAUUGUCUCCGAAUCAAACAGAAGUGAAUUUUCAGUCGAUGAAGGUUCUGCACAGACGGUAUGGCAGGAACCCAGUGUCAUCACCUCGAAGCCUUAUCCAACUAAUGAGAAAUCUAUAUCAUCGUCAGAGGAAAACAGUGACACUGACUCCGCCACAAGUGGCAGUAGUUCUAUAUCAGUCGAAUAUCAUAUUGCUCAAGAGAAUAGUUAUUCUCCCAAACAAGUCGCUGAACUUAUCGGCGGUUCCCGCGCACACUAUCAGGGUCGCAAAGUCAGUAGGCAUUAUGACGGCUCAUUUUAUGAAAACAAUUCACAAAGACGUCAUCACAACGAUCCAAUUGAUACACUCGGUAAAAGUUACAGUGAACCGGAAAAAAUUUACAGCGAACCGGCAAAAGUCUACAGUGAACCGGCUAAAGUUUACAGUGAACCUAGUAAAAUUUAUGGAGAACCAUCAAAAGUCUACAGUGAACCAGCAAGGAUAUAUAGCGAACCAGAGAAGGUUUAUUCCGAGCCAGCGAGAAUUUAUUCUGAACCAGCGAAAGUCUACUCUGAACCGGCUAAAGUCUACAGUGAACCUAGUAAAAUUUACGACUCAAAUGGUCAGCCAACUGUUAAUUCACAGUCCGUGGAACCGGUUGAACAGAAUUAUGAGGUCGAUGAAGCUGUCAGUGUUGGUAGCAAUGGUAAUGUCCAUGGGCCACAACCAGUCACUGUGGCUACGAAUAAUAAGGCUGAUCCGGAAGAUGGUCGCAAGGUGGGCUAUGUUGUCGAGGGACGUAAUUAUCGAAAAUAUCGAGUUGAAGAAAGAACACCCGAUGGUUUUAUCGUUGGUGAAUAUGGAGUCGUCAGCCAUGAUGAUGGUUCACUCAGGGGGGUUCGUUACACAGCUGAUGGAACAAUUAAUCCUCGUCUCAUUUACGAUGCAUUGAUGAAAUUCCUCGCUCUUUAAAUUUAAUACCCAAGUGAUGUUAAAUCAAAACAAUUUCUAGUUACUCCCGAACAUUUGUGGACCUAAAAACAAUAUUGUUUUAGUGAGUUGUUUGAGAUUAUAAAUAUUAGCCUGUCUAGUGUUACACUACAUGAAUGACGAAUUUUCACUUGCAUCUGCAAAAAAAAAAAAUGCUCAAUUUAGUUCGUGCCACUUAACAAAGGGGUAACAGGGAAAAAUUCUGCAAAUGAAAUUGCAAAUGGCAGAUGUAAUGUCUGCGGUGUGUAAGACACGUUGCAGCGCUACAACGGCGCCAAUUGUUACUACUUCCAAUGGCGGGUAAUUCAAAACAAAAAUUCAUUAAAAAUUAAAGAUACUGUUUAAUUUUCCUCUUUUCAUAUUGAAAUUACAAUUCGUGUGUAAAAAUAAAAUAACACUGACAAAUUUACAUAUUCGGGAAACAUUGAGCAUAAUUUGGUAUUUUUCUCUAAUUUUGUUAGAUGCACUCGGCUCAUUAUUUCUAGUGCGUUAAAUUCAAAUGGCCGAACGACUGAUUUCCGUUAUUGCUCCUAAUAUACAAUGUAAUAUUAUAUUGUUCUUGCCAACUCAACUGCCUCAUUGCUCCUAAUUUUUAAGCUCGACUUAUAUUUACGAAAAAAAGCGAUUAAAUUAAAAGAAAAAUCAACUUAUAGUUUAAUUCAAAUAUCUGCGCAGGAAAAAAAAUUACUCGACAAUUACGAGUAUACUUUUUCACCGUUUGCGACUAUCCCAAAAGUCUUUUAUUUACUAAUAGUCACUAGUAAGUAUUAGUGGAAUCGUUUUCCACAUUUUUUAUUUAGGCAAAUAAGUUUCUAUCUAUUUUUUUAAUUCAGUCACAGAAAAAAUAGGGAGUUCAAAACAAAAAUUUUAAAAAUAAACUUCUUUUGUCAAAGAAAAACAAAUUUUCAAAAAAAAAAUACUAGCAAAUUGUGCUAAUUUGAUACAAAAUCUGCUAAUUCUCAAAACUGAUAAAAUACCAAAGAGUGGGGAAAAUAAUUAAGAAUUCAAAAAAUUUUAUUUUAUAAGAAAAUUUUAACCCAUUAUUUAUUUCUAAUUUUUGAAUCUAAGUAUACUAAUAAUGUAUUUUUUUUUCUAUUAAAAAAAAGGUGCUAAAAAUAUAAAAUCAAAUUUUCCAUCAAACGCUCAUGAAAAAUGAACUCCAAAAUUUAUUCUGUGAUUCGCAUUUAAAUAUAAAAUUUAGCUCUAAAUUAGCAAUCGAAUAAACGAAUUAUAAAUUGAAUUCUGACGUUCGUUUCGUUACACCUGUCAUAUAUGAGAUAGGGAAAAAAAAAAAAUUCAAGGGUACUCAAAGUGUUAUGAUAUUCCGUUCAAUUGAUCGCAGACCAUCGCUAAUAAAUAAUUCAAUAGAUACGGAAAAAAAAUAAUACACUCGGAGAAAUAAAGAGUAAAAAAAAAUUCUCCUAAACUACUUUUUUUAUAUAUCUCAUUGUAUUAUACAAACAUAUACACAUAUACAAGUCAUUAGCUAAUGUAUCAGUAAAUCCUCAUACGUCAUUAUAAGAUUAUUACCUGCAUCGAAUUCUGACAAUGCAAAUUUUUUUUCUGAUAAUUUUUUAAUUUUUUAUUUCUCAACAAUAAUAAGAAUAAUCAUAUUAAUAUAAUAACGUGCUAAAUUAGCUU